AUGUCUGCUGCAAUGCCUGCCGUUGCCAUCAGUUCAUUUCUCCUGGACCAGUCAGACUCACAGCCUGCACUCAAGAUGCGAGGCGCUCAGGCUUCAAUGGUUCUCGAUCAUGGAGACUUCAAUUGUUCAUUCGAUUCUGGUUUCGCAGACAUCACAACAAGUGCAGCUUCUCUACGACUCUCACAGAAUGAGCGCAUCAAAUCUGCUAUUAAGAUUCUUCGAGACGGCUGCAUAUUCAUUCUUGACUUUAUGUCUACAAUCCUUGAUCCUUCGCAGCUCGAUUUCGCCAUCAACCGUGACCGAAUAUACUACCCCUCGAAGGAAAAUCUCAAGGAUGGGUCCUCAUGUGGGAAACUGGAGCAAGUAUUGGACCAAAUCUUUGCCGACUCAUGA